AUCUUUUAAAGGUAAUAUUGUAUUCUGAAAUAGGCCCCCCUUCUGAUAGGCACUCCCCGGUGCUGCUGAUGAUGUGAUACACUGAUAUAGCUUAGUAGAACUUGAUGCCUUUGUAACAGAACACGUUCAGUGCUGCUGUCACAGGCGUGUAUUGCCCCUCUCUGCUCUCGGCCCCAACUACGUGACGCCCUGCACCCCCGGCACUGCCGCUGCCACUGCAUGCAGGGGGCAAGCGCCCGGACCAAGGCGACCACUGCACCGGGGUCCGCGUUCAGCACAGAGCCAAGUACACUGCUGCAAACCCCAUAUAAGGGCACGGGAGGCGUCUGCUGCCUCUCCUGGAUGUACACACAGAGCAGGGCUGCUGGAGGAGACCUGUCCUUUCUGAUAGCUCCUUCCAGGCAUCUAUUCCGAGCUCCCCCCCAUACUCCCACUUCCCUCUCUCCGGGAUCUCUCUCUUAUUAAGCAGUCUUGGAAAUUGUGGAUUUGGUCAUUGGGCUGCCAACUUGUGUUCUGAGUAUUUUUUCAGAUUGCAUUUUGGAUGUAUCCUUUUAUUUUUUUGGCUGUGGCUGUAGAAAUCUGAGUCUUGUUGGAACUGCUGGCUACCAAGGCUUCAUUAACAACAAAGCCUUUAUUCAUUAAAUGAAGGUACUGCAAAAAUCCUUCAGUUCAGCAUUCCUCCAGCUUUUUAUUAGGCUAACUCCAGUAUUUAUGAUCGCUGAUCCUGGACAUGUACAAGGAUAUAGACCUGCGGCUAACUGGAUUGAUUUAUAAGAAAGCGGUGUGCAGUAAAUGGCAGCCCUUCUGAUAUUGCUACUAUGGAAAACAGUACUGUCAAUAGGAUGUAGCCUGAUAAAUAGUACUUAGUGAAGAUGCUGCUUCAGUGAGUGCAAAAUCAAUGGAAGAUUCUUACUGCAUGAAAACCCUUCUGAGAUUUUCCUGGCAGGAUCACAUUUAACAAACCUGAUACAUUUCAUUCGACUGCCCUGAUUUACACAAGUGGAUACAAACAAUAUUGCUUACCUCGACAACUAAUGUGGAACUAUGGCGUUUGCAAGGUCUAUGAGACUGAACUGUUUAUGGAGAGCAGCAAGGUUGCGCCUGCAGCCUAUGGGUUUGGAUGUCAUGCUUUCAUUGUGUGUGUUUGGAUUUUUACUUCACGUGGCACCCGUGUACUCACAAAAACUGGAUGAUGUGGACCCCAUUGUCUCAACAACCUAUGGCAAAGUACGAGGAGUUAAGAAGGAACUUAAUAAUGAAAUACUAGGUCCUGUUAUCCAGUUCCUUGGUGUUCCUUAUGCUGCUCCCCCAGUAGGGGAACAUCGUUUUCAACCACCGGAGCCUCCGACAACUUGGGGAGAUACAAAAAAUGCCACUCAGUUUGCCCCGGUUUGUCCACAAAACAUUGUGGGAGGCAGACUUCCUGAAGUCAUGCUUCCAGUAUGGUUCACCAACAACCUGGAUGUAGUUUCUUCCUAUGUGCAAGACCAGAAUGAAGACUGCUUGUAUUUAAACAUAUAUGUUCCAACUGAGGAUGUAAAAAGAAUAUCCAAGGAAUGUGUCCGGAAACCCGGCAAGAAAAUAUGUAGAAAAGGAGGUCCCCUUACAAAGAAACAGACAGAUGAUUUAGGUGAUAAUGAAGGUGCUGAAGAUGAAGACAUCAGAGAUAGUGGAGGUCCCAAGCCUGUGAUGGUAUAUAUUCAUGGAGGUUCCUAUAUGGAAGGCACUGGUAAUUUGUUUGAUGGAAGUGUCCUAGCAAGUUAUGGAAAUGUUAUAGUCAUCACCGUCAACUAUCGCCUUGGGGUACUUGGUUUCCUAAGCACUGGCGAUCAAGCUGCAAAGGGAAAUUAUGGUCUUCUUGAUCUUAUUCAAGCCUUACGAUGGACUAGUGAAAAUAUUGGUUUCUUUGGGGGCGAUCCUUUAAGAAUAACUGUUUUUGGAUCCGGUGCUGGUGCGUCAUGUGUCAAUCUGUUGACUCUGUCCCAUUAUUCAGAAGGUAACCGUUGGAGCAAUUCAACCAAAGGUCUCUUUCAAAGAGCAAUUGCACAAAGUGGAACUGCCCUGUCUAGUUGGGCAGUUAGUUUUCAGCCUGCUAAGUAUGCCCGGAUUUUAGCAACAAAAGUUGGAUGCAACAUGACUGAUACUGUAGAAUUAGUGGAGUGUCUACAGAAAAAGCCUUACAGAGAACUUGUGGACCAAGACAUACAGCCAGCAAGGUAUCACAUAGCCUUUGGACCAGUAAUUGAUGGGGAUGUCAUACCUGACGACCCUCAGAUAUUAAUGGAACAAGGGGAAUUCCUCAACUAUGAUAUCAUGUUGGGUGUAAACCAAGGAGAAGGACUAAAAUUUGUGGAAAGUAUUGUGGACCAUGAGGAUGGCAUUUCAGCAAGUGAUUUUGACUUUGCAGUUUCUAAUUUUGUGGAUAAUUUAUAUGGAUAUACAGAAGGAAAAGAUAUAAUGAGGGAAACUAUCAAAUUUAUGUAUACGGAUUGGGCGGAUCGACAUAAUCCUGAGACAAGAAGAAAGACGUUAUUAGCAUUGUUCACUGACCAUCAGUGGGUUGCACCAGCAGUGGCAACUGCAGAUCUGCACUCAAACUUUGGUUCUCCUACAUAUUUCUAUGCCUUUUACCAUCAUUGCCAAUCAGAUCAAGUGCCUGCUUGGGCAGAUGCUUCCCAUGGGGAUGAAGUUCCUUAUGUAUUUGGGAUACCUAUGAUUGGACCUACAGAGUUAUUCCCUUGUAAUUUCUCUAAAAAUGAUGUUAUGUUAAGUGCAGUAGUAAUGACAUAUUGGACAAACUUUGCUAAAACUGGUGAUCCAAAUCAACCUGUUCCUCAAGAUACAAAGUUCAUCCAUACAAAACCAAAUCGUUUUGAAGAAGUUGCGUGGACUAGAUAUUCACAAAAGGACCAACUGUAUCUUCACAUUGGAUUAAAACCCAGAGUAAAAGAACAUUAUAGGGCUAAUAAAGUAAACCUUUGGCUAGAGCUGGUUCCACAUCUUCAUGUUAUCAAUGACCUCACCACGACUAAAGGUCCAUCCACUGAUAUCACUUCUAGAUCAACCAGGAAAAUACUUGUACCUGUAACUUCAGCAUUCCCUACAAUUAGUGAAGAUAAUUUCAAACAACAGCCUAGUCCAUUUUCAUUGGAAAGAGACUAUUCUACAGAGCUGAGUGUCACUAUUGCUGUAGGUGCAUCUCUGCUAUUUCUAAACAUUUUGGCAUUUGCAGCAUUAUAUUACAAAAAGGAUAAAAGGCGACAUGAUGUGCAUAGGAGAUGUAGUCCUCAACGCAACACUACUAAUGACAUAGCCCAUGCACAAGAAGAGGAAAUUAUGUCUUUACAAAUGAAGCACACAGACAUGGACCGUGAAUGUGAAUCCAUCCAUCCUCAUGAGGUUGUUCUUAGAAAUGCCUGCCCUCCGGACUACACUCUAGCGAUGAGAAGAUCCCCAGAUGAUAUUCCCUUAAUGACCCCCAAUACUAUAACAAUGAUUCCUAACACUAUACCGGGGAUUCAGCCCAUACAUGCCUUCAAUACUUUUACUGCAGGACAGAAUAACACACUUCCUCAUCCACAUCCACACCCACAUCCGCAUCCACAUUCACAUUCUACAACCAGAGUAUAGCCAGACUAGAAGGAAAACAGACUUUAUUUUUGAUGUAUUACAGUAGUUGAACUUAAUGGGAAUUUCUUGGCUUUUCAACCCACAGGACUAUUGCUAUUUAAAUGUGGAGGAUUACAAUUUGCAUAAUGCAUAUACAUAUCAAAAACUUUUUGGAGUUUUGGAAAAAAAAUAUGUAAAUAUUCAAAAUGGACAACAGCAGCAAUUGAAGCAAUUGUUGUGGAUGAUAGGUUUUUGUUUUGUUUUUACUUCAUAUUAAACUUUAUUUUAAGAUUUAAGUUUCAAAUUGGCUUUAGGCAUGUGCUAUACAAAAUAAAAGAGGACAAAGACUUAAAUUGUAUUUAUAUGCACAAGGAACUCACUCAUGGAAUGUCUGAUAUUUUUCACCCUUUUUUAUUUUGAAAUGUUUUUUUGUGUAGAUCAAAUAAAAGUGCACAAAGCACCAAUGCUGUUAAGGCCUUAACUUCGGCCCCAUUCUAAAAACUGCCAAUAGAACAAAGAGGUUUAAAUCCUGGCAGGUACAACAUUAUCACUUAAGUGCUGUCACUAUCAAUUGUGGGAAUAAAGGAAAAUGGAUAUUUUAGCACGAAGUGCAUGAUAAUUUGUAUGCUUGGUGGCUGUGCUGGUGAUUUAGCCACAGUUAAAAUUGUUCUCAUGCCAUUAAAGUUUUUAUAAAAUAGUACUACAUGAUUUGGCAAACCUUUAGAAGAUUUUUAAAAAGGGAGGGUAAAGUAUUUAAAGUCCAGUAAUUCACUGUAUUGUCCUCGGUAUUUUACUGAGCUAGAAAUUAAAGGUGCAUAUUGUUAGCCGAGUGUGAUAACACACUUCCCAGUAUAAAUCCCAAAGGAUAUGUGUAUUUAAAGUAUUACAUUUCUUUUUCACAGCCUGAGUAAUUUCUAGAUAAAUAAGUUUAAUGGUAAUUGAAUUUUAUUUACUAUAGUUGAGAUCGGAUGCGAUUGCUAAUAAUGGUAAGUAACAAUGUGUCCAAAGAAAACUUGAGUAAUUGUCCCACUAUUGAUAUUUUUUAAAGAAAUGUUUCUCAUGUUGCAUGUCCACAAGUGUUAAGAAAAAUUACAAAUCGUAUAUUUUUUUUUAUUUACCACUGUAAAUUUAUUUUAUAUUGAUGUUACCUCACAGCAGUAUAUAAGUAAAAUGUAUACAUAUGUAGAUACCAAGAAUACAUUAUUAUGAAGGGUGCCAACAACAUUUAUAAACCCAAUUCUGCCUCUGUAAUUUUAUACUAAUAUUAUUCAACCACAGAAAUAUUAAUUUCCCUAUUGUUUAUCAGGAAGAGUAUUUAUCACAGUCUUUUCAAGGUAUUUGUAUAUGUAUCAGAUGUACAUUUAUAUGGGAAAUGAUAGAGGUGGACUUAAGAGCACAUCACUAAGAAAUAAUUUCUCUCUUACCUGUAUAUUUCUAUUAGAAAGCAGUUAAUGUACUUUUUCUUUUUUUCCGUCUUAUUUCUUUUUCUUUGUUGUUGUUUUUUUACAUUUUCCAAAACUAUUAGUAAUUUUGAUAGUUUGUAAGAUAAUGCAAAUAAGUUUCUCUGACAAACUAACUGCAGUAACUUUCUUUUCAGUUACUCUUUUUAAAAAAUAAAGGCUUAUUACACACAGAAAAUUGUAUAUUACUUAAUGGAAAUUACUUUGUACUUCUUGACUAGAAAACUGGUCACUGAGUGAAAUAAAGAUAAUCUGGAUAAACAAUAUUAUUCCAAUGCUGAAAAAGAUGAUUUUGCUCAUUAAAGAGCUGAUGUGUUGA